AUGGUCGGGCAGGCGUUGACUUCUGUGGCCAUCGUUGGUGGCGGACCGGGAGGACUGGGAACUGCGAUUGCUCUCUCUGAAUUGCCCUUCCUGAAGGUGACUCUAUACGAGAAGAACCCAGAGCCACGAGAAGCUGGCGCUGGCAUCAGUUUGACUACGAAUGCGUGGAAGGUUCUGGAUUUACUUGGAGCAAGUGAUAGGGUCAAAGGGGGUUCGAAAUUCAACACAUACCAAAGAAAUGCUUACACGGGGAGGGUCGUGAGCAUCAGUUCUCGUCCAGAGGGGUCGUCUGCAGAUGACCGCGGAUCAAUCCGUGCUCGCAGAACCCGACUUCAGUCAGCUCUUUUAUCAAGAGUGCCCGAGGGCUUGAUCCAGUUUGGGAAAAAGGUGGUAUCUUUAGAGGAUAUCCCAGGCGAAGGAGUUCGUUUGUGUUUUCAGGAUCACACAAAGGUGAUUGCGGACAUUAUCGUUGGGGCGGAUGGAAUACACUCUAUUGUCCGUAGGGCCUUGUUUCCCGAUCAUCAGCUCCACUUUACAGGCAACUCUGCAUUCCGUGUUCUGAUUCCAAAAUCCCGCCUGGCGCAUAUCCCGGAUAUCACGACCACAUCGUCCUGGUGGUGGGGUGAAGCCGGGCAUGUAUAUCUCUCCGAUGUGGAUGAUGAGGGAGAGAUCGAAGAUCCGCUCUUUGAAAUUACUGUUCGAUCCUACCGAGAGCCUGAAGUGUCGGGGAAGACGGUAUUUUGGGGUAUCCCUGCCACCAACGAGAAAGUGGGAUCGCGUGUUGAGAAGUUUGAUCAGAGGAUAAGAGAUGCAGUAAGUGCAGUUACUGAAGGAGAAUGGAGAGAGUUUGCGACAUUCGCCGGGCCUCGUCUGAACAAAAUCACGGGCUGGGGUAAAGUCGCCCUUAUCGGCGAUGCCAGCCACCCUCUUUCGGGUGCGUUUGGCUCUGGGGCGACGUUUGCCAUGGAGGAUGGUUGGAUUCUCGCACGAGCACUUGAACUUACACGGUUUGCUUCUCAUCCUGCACGCGAUGCUCUGGAGAUCUUCGAACAAAUUCGUUCUCCGUACUAUGCCAAAAUGUAUCAGCAUUUAGACGAAAUACAUGACAAAACACAACAACUCCUAGCAGAAGAGAAGGAUUUUGAUGUGAUUCUGCAAGCCAAAAUCGACACUUUCCUCUAUGGAGACAAAGAUUUCAUUUAUCAAAAUGACAUCAAGAAAGUCUGGGAAGACUUUGUUGUGGCGGAUCAGAGAGUGUUAUAA